GAAGUUCUUCGCACCGGCGAGCUUUUUUUAGCGCCGAAGAACUCGUAUAUGGUUCAACAGCCGUAGAAAAAACACAGUCUCGUCUCUCGUUUCCUGAAGAGAACAUGUCGCUGGUGGAAGAAGGAACUGAUGAUUACACCCAAGACGGAACCGUCGAUCUCCGGGGGAACCCCGUCCGCCGAUCGAAGCGCGGCGGAUGGACCGCCUGCUCCUUCAUCGUCGUGUACGAAGUCUUCGAGAGGAUGGCUUACUAUGGAAUCUCGUCUAACCUCGUCGUCUACCUGACCAAGAAGCUCCACCAAGGCACGGUCAAGUCGUCCAACAACGUCACCAACUGGGUCGGCACCAUCUGGAUCACGCCGGUCCUCGGCGCGUACUUCGCCGACGCCCAUCUCGGCCGCUACUGGACCUUCGUCAUUGCAGCCGCCGUCUAUCUCGUGGGCAUGACGGUGUUGACCCUGACCGUCUCGCUUCCCAGUUUGAGGCCGCCUCACUGCUCGGAAGCGAACGUCGACAAUUGCAAGAAGGCCUCCACGUUGCAGCUCGCCCUCUUCUACGGCGCGCUGUACACGCUGGCGGUCGGGACUGGCGGGACCAAGCCCAACAUCUCGACGAUCGGCGCGGACCAGUUCGACGACUUUGACCCGAAGGAGAAGGGCCACAAGCUCUCCUUCUUCAACUGGUGGAUGUUCAGCAUCUUCUUUGGGACCCUCUUUGCCAACACCGUCCUUGUGUACAUCCAGGACAAUGUGGGCUGGGCUCUCGGGUAUUCGCUUCCGACCCUCGGGCUCGCAAUCUCCAUCGCGAUCUUCCUCGCGGGCACCCCUUUCUACCGGCACCGUGUGCCGGCAGGCAGCCCUUUCACGAGAAUGGCCCGGGUCAUUGUGGCUGCCGUGAGGAAGUGGGGGGUGGCGGUCCCGAGCGAUCCAAAGGAGCUUUACGAGCUAGACCCGCAAGAGUAUGCAAAGAAGGGGAAGUUCAGGAUAGACUCAACAUCAACCUUGAGAUUCUUGAGCAAGGCAUGCGUCCAAACCGGCAAGACUUCUCCGUGGAAGCUAUGCUCGGUCACCCAAGUCGAGGAGACGAAGCAAAUGCUGCGGAUGAUCCCGAUCCUGGCCGCGACUUUCGUCCCGAGCUGCAUGGUGGCUCAAAUCAAUACCCUCUUUGUCAAGCAAGGAACCACCUUGGACAGAAGCAUGGGCAGCUUCAAGAUCCCCGCGGCGAGUCUAACCGCAUUCGUGACCAUCUCGAUGCUCGUGUCUGUCGUGCUGUACGACCGCUUCUUCGUCAGGAUCAUGCAAAAAUGGACCAAGAACCCAAGAGGCAUCAGUCUUCUUCACAGGAUGGGGAUCGGCCUCGUCCUUCACAUCGUGAUCAUGAUUGUGGCGUCCUUCACCGAGAGAUGGAGGCUCCGAGUGGCUAGGGAACACAAUGUGGUAGAAUCGGGAGGACAAAUCCCACUGACGAUCUUCAUUCUGCUUCCUCAAUUCGUGCUCAUGGGAAUGGCAGAUGCGUUCCUGGAAGUAGCCAAGAUCGAGUUCUUCUACGACCAAGCGCCAGAGAGCAUGAAGAGCCUGGGCACGUCUUAUUCAAUGGCCACUCUGGGGAUCGGGAACUUCCUCAGCAGCUUCCUCCUCUCCACGGUCUCGCACAUCACCAAGAGACACGGCCACCGCGGGUGGAUACUAAACAACCUGAACGAGUCGCACCUGGACAAUUACUACGCCUUCUUCGUGGUGCUCAAUGUCCUGAAUUUAGCGUUUUUCCUGUUCGUGGCGAAACUCUAUGUGUAUCGUGCCGAGGUCUCGGACUCGAUGGCGGUGCUCAAGGAAGAAUUGAAAGGGCUUGAGAAGGUACAUAACCAGGAAUUGCCAGUGACAUAGCUCUGUGAUAGGUGAAAUGUCACGGCUCGGAUUUGUGCCGAAAAGACCAUGGUGAAACAAUGUCUUUAGCCUAAGCUCUAACUGGUGUUAGGAUAUCCAGAACUUUUAUGGCUCUUGGCGUUUACAUUUAUACACAGAUGAUGAUGAUUAUGUUUAUACUUCUUGGAAGAAGAUCAAGACACAAUCUUUACGCAGUCUAUUUGCCGGUA